AUGCCUCCACCACAGGCUGGAGUACCACGUACAACGGGCAUGCAGCUUCAGAGAUUUGCUGGCCAGUCUGAAUGGCUUCGUCCAGACUCGAGAGGAAGAUUCAGCUAUGACUUCAUGAGCACACCUGACACACAGAUUGAGGAAGUGGAUCUGAGUGGCACCCUAAUAAACCAUAAUGGACUUGAAAACCUUGUGAAUCAGAAUAAACUUCAGACUCUCUCUCUGCCAGGAUGUCCUGAAGUAGAUGACUGGUUCCUUGCACGUCUUCAUGUCUUUGGAGAAAGUCUGCUGGAGUUAGACCUGUCCCACUGCUCUCGAAUCACUGUGGGAGGCCUCACUGCAUUACAGAACCUCAGAAAGCUAAAGCGGUUGGACAUUUCCGGACUUCCACAGCUGCAGAAUCCAGGCCUGGUAUGGAUACUGCUGGAGGAAAUACUGCCACACUGCCGGGUCACUGGAGCUGAAUACGAGCAGGGCCUGAUCCAGCCAGACAGCCAAGAGCAAACAGAGGACCAUCAUGAAGCUUCCACACACACUGGACUUAGACAUCUAUAAACAAUGUUGCUGCUGACAGUGGAGCUUCUAUAUUAUUGUUCAUUAUAAUGCCCAAACAUGUUAUUUCAAUAAAGUGCUG